UCACGGCCAAGCUGGGCCGCUGCGAGAGCCAGAGCGUGCUGGAGCUGCCCGGAGAGGGAAAGGGCAGGAAGGGCUUUUCCAAGAACACCAUGGGCGACCUGUCGCGGCCGGCCGCCGCCGAGACCCUCAGCCAGCUGGGGCAGACGCUGCAGUCCCUGAAAACCCGGCUGGAGAACCUGGAGCAGUUCAGCAGGAUGAACUCCUCCAGCCAGACCAACAACCUGAAGGACAUCCUGCAGAACAAGAUCGAUGACCUGGAGAAGCAGGUGCUGUCGCGGGUGAACAGCCUGGAGGAGGGCAAGCUCAGCCCCCGCAACGAGUCCGAGGAGCGCGGCAAGAUCGAGAGCACCCUCACCUCGCUGCACCAGCGCAUCAGCGACCUGGAGAAAGGCCAGAAGGACAACCGGCCCCCGGACAGGUUCCAGCUCACCUUCCCCAUGCGCACCAACUACAUGUACGCCAAGGUGAAGAAGAGCCUGCCCGAGAUGUACGCCUUCAGCAUCUGCAUGUGGAUCAAAUCCAGCGCCUCCCCCGGCAUGGGCACCCCCUUCUCGUACGCCGUGCCCGGCCAGGCCAACGAGCUGGUGCUCAUCGAGUGGGGCAAUAACCCCAUGGAGAUCCUCAUUAAUGACAAGGUGGCCAAGCUGCCCUUCACCAUCAACGACGGCAAGUGGCACCACAUCUGCGUGACCUGGACCACGCGGGACGGCGUGUGGGAAGCCUACCAGGACGGCACCCAGACGGGCAACGGCGAGAACCUGGCCCCUUACCACCCCAUCAAACCGCAGGGCGUGCUGGUGCUGGGCCAGGAGCAGGACACGCUGGGCGGAGGGUUCGAUGCCACGCAGGCCUUCGUGGGGGAGCUGGCCCACUUCAACGUGUGGGACCGCAAGCUGAGCCCGGGCGAGGUGUACGGGCUGGCCACCUGCAGCUCCAAGGCACUCGCGGGCAACGUCAUCGCCUGGGCUGAGGCCAACAUCGACAUCUACGGCGGGGCCACCAAGUGGACUUUCGAGGCCUGUCGCCAGCUCAACUAGGGCCACGGACAAGCGAGAGAAACCUCCUCAGCGGAUUGCAGAAAUCACUCCCCAGCCCCCCUCCUGCCCCGCCCCGGGCGGCAGUGCAGGAUGAGGCAGAGAAUUCACCCGGGGCUCCAGAGCCUCACGACCAACUCCAGAGAUGCGGCAAAGAGACGGGCGGAGCGGAGGGGUCGGAGCGGAGCCGGGAGCUCCCUCCCGGCCCCGCAGCCCCGGCACAGGCAGCAGCACCCCCAGAGCGAGACCCCGCGCACGGCUCGGGCCAGCGCAGCCUCGGCCGUGCUCUUGGUGCGAGAAAAAACCCCCGAACCACCGAGAGUUAAUUUGAGUUCCUCCCAAGCCCCCGCUCACAUCGGCGAGCACAGGCACAACCUGCUGAGAACAACGAGACCACGGCACCGGUUUGACCUCCAGCCCCAGGUGCGUUGGAUUUGCCAAAAAAAAAAAACCACGAAAGGGUGUGAUGUCAACACAGUGUACAUAGUGUACAGUAGGGGAGAGAAUUAAUGUAUCUUAAUUUGUCAUUAUUUUGCUGACCAAAGCUGUACAUUUUUCCUACUCCUGGCUCUGUCUCCUUUGGGAUUUGAAGGGGUUCUGGCACCCCGUGCAUCCGGCCCGCAUCGGCAGUUCUGACAAUGCACUGUUUCUACGGAUUCUCAUGCUUUUUCCAUUUUAUUGCUGGGAUUACAUGAAUUGUUGACUUUAUUUUUACACAAUAAAGCGUGAAGAAAGACA